AUGGAAAACCAACCACCAACUUUGAAACGACUUGACUUCAGUACUUCCUUGUCUGUCCUCGAGAAUGACACCUGGCACAUUGAAGCCAGUUACAUUGCGGCGAUCAUGCCAAGCCUGCGCCAGGGGCAAGCGGCGAUGCGAUCAGCGAUGGCCUCGGUGUACUCGAAAGCGGCAAGAAAGCGCGCAAGCCCGGAUAAUCGCACGACAGGGACCAUAUCCUCGAUACGCCUCCCUUUGCGGCUGGAGAUCGCCAAAGAGUAUGACGGAGCAGCCAUCCGAUUUCUGGUGAAUGGACUGCGCGCAUUCACGAACAAAUUUGCCGAAACUUGCAAGACAACGUUUGUGCACCCAGAUCUCUACGCAUCGGGGCUUCCGGCGUCAAUCCGAGAAAUGCAGCUUCUUUGCAAAUUACAUGUUCAGGCCGAUCAUCAAAGACGCACUGGCGAACUUUUCCCACUUCUUCAAAGGCGGUCGGCUGAAUUGCAUCGUCGCUUCAAGCAAUCAUUGUCAUUCGACGAGCUCUUGGGCUGUUCGCAAGCUCUCCUUCUAGCGCAAUGCAUUCUCGCCCUGGACGGAGGUGGCGACCCAGACCAGUAUUCGGAGAAUAUAAGCGUCAUGCUUGACGGAAUUGCAAUACGAUUAUGGGAGCAGGCUCCCGUCCAACUUCCGCCAACACUCAGUCGACGACAUGCAUGGCUCAUGGCUGAGAGUGUUCGGCGCACCAUCAUUGUGAGCUUAAUGUUAAAGAGUGCAUAUUCACUUAAUACGAGGAAUUAUUCUGUUCGAACGCCUUUUGUCGAUGCUUUACCUUUUGAUGUGCGGACGAACUUGUGGGACGACGAUUCGGAUGCCACGUGGGCGGUUGAAGCGCCUGAAUCCCCCGAUUCUAUGAUUUCUUUACAUGGGUAUUCAGAUGCUUUGGAAAGUGGGCGUUUCCGCAAAGUUCCUCCCUUUGGCGCCUUGAUUUUAGCUGCAUGCAAAGGAAGAGAAAUUUCAUCAAUACCGUUCCCUCCGCCGGUUCCGUAUUAUGAGAGCUGA